ACACUCAGUCUGUUGGUAACUGUUGCAUUCAACGCUUCGUUCGCUCUCCAGCCGAAUUCCCAUUUUAAUAUUCGACAACGCCAUUUCGUUCGUGUGCGCUGUGCGACUCGUGUUCGUGUUUCGUUUCGCACGCUCGUUUAUUUUGUUUGGCUUGACUCGGCGGGCAGUCGGUUCGUUCGAUUUCGUCGUUUCUCACCCACACACACUCACACACACACAUUUAUACAGAGAACAGAUACGCGCGCAUUGAUGUGUUAGUGCGUGUGCGUGUAUAUAUGUUUUACCGGUAAAGCCGAAUACUUAACGUUCCACGCUCAACGUCAUCAAAUUCAUAACGUCAUUUCGUUUUGGUAGCGUGCGCUGUGCGUGUGUAUCUGUAGAGGAGCUGUUGCUGUCGCAGUCGCAGUCGCAAUCGCAAUCGUUGUAUCUGUGUCUGUGCCCGUCUCGGCGUCUUGGCCAACUAGUCAGCCGGACUUGCGUUCUGCCGCGUUAGCUGUGCCAAUUGGCAGUUGCAUACAAAAAUCAAAUACAUACAUAAAUAUAUAAAUAUAUAAUAUACAUACAUAUAAAAUAUAUAUUUUUUGUGCCAGAAUUUUUAGUUAAAAAAAAGCGAGAAACCCGCAAAAAUUUCGUCAUCAAAUUUUUGAGCUGUCAACAGUGCGCGCUAAAAGUAAACACAUAUAAAAUAUACACACAUACACAUCCAUACACACACACACAUAUAUAUAUAUAUAUACAUACAAAGGCUGCAGCGGCCAUAAAGUGUUCAGUGCUCUGCUUCAGCUCAGCUAAAGCGACACAUUUAAUGCUUGAAAAGCUAAAGCACAACAACAACAAUAACAACAGUAGCAACGGCAAAAAUCACUAAGCUCUUUGCCAAAUACGCGAGAGUGAAAAAAAGCAAAAGGCAAAAAACAACAACAACAACAAAAAACCUCAAACAUAAAAUCAUAAUAAUAAUAAAAAAAGAAACGCCUUGCCAGGGCAAAAGUCACAUAAAAUACUUAUAAAAGUGCACACAUAAGGAUUACAGGAAGAAGAAGAAGCACACGAAGAAUCUACAACAACAACAGAAUGUCACGGAUCGUUUUUGUAUUUCUGGCAGCCAUCUUAGCAGAUGCGCUCAGCUUUGGCCAGGUGAACGUGGAGCCCAACACAGCGCUGCUCAACGAGGGCGAUCGCACCGAGCUGCUCUGCCGCUAUGGACGCGCCAUCAACUACUGCCGCAUCGAGAUACCCGGCGAGCAGAAGGUGCUCAAUUUGUCGCCCAACUGGAGCAAGACGCCCGGAUUCACCUACUACGGCUCCGGCCUGAAUGCCGGCCAGUGCGGCGUCAGCAUUGAGCGAGUUAAGGCCAGCAACAAUGGCCAGGUCAAGUGCAGUCUGGGCGUCGAGGGCGAGGAGCUAUCCGGCACCAUAGAUCUGGUUGUGGCAUUGCGCCCGCAGCAGCCCAUUAUUGAGCUCAUCUCGAAGCCCAACCGCGAUGGCUUCUUCUCGGAGAACACCGAAUUCCAUGCCCGUUGCAGUGUGCGCGACGGCCGUCCGGCUGCCAACAUUUCCUGGUACAUCGACAACAUGCCCGCCAACAAGCGCACCAGUCCGCUGCAGGUUGUGGCCACGCCCACCCACGAUAAUGUCGAGCUGUCCACCUCAGUGCAGGACAUCCAGUGGCCACUGACAGCGGAUGACAGCAAUCGCAAAUUGGUCUGCCGUUCACAUCAUCAAACCGAUCGCGAGAGUGUACCGCCCCAGGAGGCCGCCUACAUCAUCAACGUGCGAUAUGCGCCCGUUCAUCAGCCAGAGGCAUCGGUCUAUGGACUCUACCUGGAGCACACCGCCAUUGUGAAUAUUACGAUUCGUGCCAGCCCGCCGCCAACUAUUGAGUGGAACAUCGAUGGCACCAUUGUCUCGCAGGGCCGCACCGAGGGACGCUACUCGGCCUAUGAGCCGCAGUAUGUGGGCAAUGACGAGUACAAUGUGACCCUGGCGAUUGCCGGCCUCACGCUGGAGGACACGACCAAAACGUACAAUCUGCGCGCCAGCAACGAGCUGGGCACCACCGACUACCAUGUGCGCAUCAGUUCGUCGAGCAAGCCGCCCAGCAGCAGCUUGGAUGUGGCUGCCAUUGUGGGCAUCGUGGUGGCUGUUGCUGUUCUAGUCCUGAUUGUGCUGCUCAUUCUGUUUGCGCGCGCCACCGGCAGAUGGUGCUUUGGCGGUAAAUCCAUUAAGACGCCCACAAACGAAACCGAGAAGCAGCUCGAUUCCGGCAAUGCAGCGCAUCAUGGCCAGAAUGUGGCGCUGCUGGAGACGCCCAACGGCAUCACGCUUCUGGGCGCCAGUAAAACGCGCGAGGCGAAUGGCAAUGGCAAUGGCAAUGGGCAUGGGCAGAACCAUGAACGCUUCUCGGUGGAGCGACGCGUUCACGACGAGGAUGAUUCAUUUGAGUAUGGCACAGAUCGGGAGAGCAGCGUCUAUAAUCCCACCACAAAGCCGCUGCGUAAUGUGCUAAUGGGUCAGGCAGCGGAGGCAGCGACGCCGGACAGCGACACGGACACGGAUCUGUUGCAGCGCGGCAAUCAGCUGGGCAUACCCGAGUCACGUUUCUCACGCUGGCUGCCCAAGGAUCAGCGUGAGCUGCUCGAGAAGCAGGCUAAGCUGCUGUCAGGACGCAGUCAGGCGGUGGCAAAGGCAGCGCCGCCAGCCACGCCCCCAAAGCCAAACAAACACCCACAGGCAGCAACAACAACGACCACAGCGACGACGACGGCGAUGAUGACGACACCAAGGCUGCCACAGGAAACGGAAAUUUAAAUGUGUGUGUGUCUGUGUGUAAACAUGUGUUUAGGUACAGGAAAUGCGACAAAAUUGAAGUCUAGAAUUUCUAAUUUAUUUAGUUCACAAUGCCGUUACAUAGCAGCGAGCUAUGCCACUCGGCAGGCUAAGCGAAACUCAUGACAGCUUCAUUCACACACACACACACACACACACACUCUUACACAUAAACGAAAUCUUGACAUAGUUAAGAAUAUUCACCAAAAAACCAAACAAAAACAAAAAC